UUGCUUGUCGCUUCAGCUUAGCCCACUAUGGAGCUCUUGUCCAAGUCCCUUGAUUAUGAUGUCACAUGACCCAUCAACCUCCCUUUUCCUAAUGUCACAAUAGUACCACCAGAGUGCCUGGUUCCACAGAUCACCACAAUCCCAACUCACCCUAAUUCAGCCAUGGCCAGGCCACAGCAACCCCUUUCCCAACCUCAUCCCGGUCUGUAAUUACCCCUGCUGAAUGGAUAGGGGGCCCCCACUAUGCCCAAACUCACUGUAGUAUGCCUCCUCUAGCCCUGACACCUAUCCUUGUAACCUACUUCCUAGGCUUCUGCUCCCUAGAUUUCCAACAGCAGUUUCUGUUCUCACCAUAUCUGCUUCUGCCUGUCUCCACAGCCUCCCAUGUUCCCUGACACAUACUGUCCUGUCCCUCAGCUUCCCUCCCACCUAACCAGCCCCAUAACCACUUUGCUCAAUUCUACCCAGUGCAACCAACUACAAAUACAUUUGUCUGCCCAACCUACACUUUCCUCAGCUCACACAAGUUCUCCAGUUUCUAUUCAGUUUGCCUAUCAGGAUGCCCACCUCAUCCUGGUCUGCAUAGCAUGCUUUAAUUCCUAGCUAUUCACAGACCACACACGUGCUGGGUUCCCUAAGACUGCAGCUGGCUGGCCUGCCAUCUAACACUGCUAGCUACUUUAUCCUGUACCACCAAGCACACCCCAUUCUAUGACUAGCCUCACUUCUUCCCGAUCAGGCUUUCCAACUACAUCACCAAUUAAAAAAAUUGUAUAAUCCUACACAAAAGAAUGCCUGAAGUUUUAAUUGUAUACAUCCCAUAUUUAUGACAGCUUUAUGAUUUUAGUCUGUCCCUCUGAAGACAUUGCAAGCUGACUCAAACACAAAUGUUGGUCACUGAGCAUUCGCAAAGUAAAUAUGUGGAGAGAAAUUUCAUCUUAUAGCUAAUUUGGUGAGAGAGAAAAUGCUGAAUUUUCUGUAGAUAUGUUGAAGGACAUUGGUCCUGAUGCAACACACUAAAAAGCAAACACUUCCAAGAAGAUGCCAAGUCAGAGUCUCCAGGCAGGAGAAUUGCAAGGGUCCAGGUCAAGAGCUGCAAACAGUGAAGGGGACUGAGCUGGAGUCCUGGUCACAGAAGAAACAAACUGCAAAGCUCCCCGUGGAACUGGAUGAGAAGAGAGCUGGGUGGGAAUGCAGCGGCAGGUCCAGGCAGAGAGCUCUGCGGGGGUGAGACUGAAGGGGGGCGCCUCGGGGGCUGAGGGCUCCUCCUCCUCCCCACCCUCACAAACCCUCUAUGACUCCUCCCUGCUCUGUGAUGCAGACCUGACUCUACAGUGAGGCCCACCCAGCCUCAGAACUCAGCUGCCUCGGGCAGCUGUGCGAUUCACACUAUGGAGAACGUCAUCUCCUUUCUACAUAGCGCUACUGAACCAUGGCUGAGCUUUGCACAUUUACCCUCAGCCUUCAUGGACAUUUACCCCAAGUGCAUCUUCCUGAGUGCAGUAGGGGUGCUUCUCUUGUACCUGAGGUACCUGCUACUGAAACCCUUCUUACCCACGUGGGACAACCGAGACCUCAGAAAGCAACAGAGCAAAGCUAAGAAAGGAAGGAGAGCAUCAUCGAAAGAAUUUAGAAUCUUCCACAGAGAAGCUUGGGAGAGGAGGAAGCUGCUGUCUGUUGUGCAAAGCCCUUGUGGACGGCUGUACGAUGCCUCCCACUUUCGGCAAGUGCUCUGCCCAGACCCCUGCUGUGAUGUGUGCAAUGGAGCAACCGCCAAGGUCAGUCAUCUGCUGUCACGGGCCACCCUCGAAGACGGUGCUGCCUCUGCCUCCAGUGUGCCUUCCACGGCUUCUGUGACUGAGAACUCAUUUUCUCUGUCCCCUCCCCGCUCACUGAGCCCCCCAGGAUGUCAGACUUCAUCUCUGUCACCUGCACCUUCUCCUCCUCCCACCACCCUCUCAGCUAACAAGGUCACCCCCUUGGAAGACAUACUUUUGUAUGCACCACAGGGUGAUGCUCUGCCGUCAGAGCCUCUUCUUCUCCCAGGCACUGACUCCCCACUGGGCCACAUCCCAUCUCAUCCACUUCCCACAUUUCCUCAAACAGAAGGGUCUUUACACCUGGAAACCACUCCAUCCGUGGUGGGCAGCCCGAGUGAGUGGUUCGUCAAUGCCACAACAAAUGAAGAACCUUGUGGCUACCUGUCAGGGUUCUCAUCACAGUCGGAAUGCCUGGUUAACGCCCACUCUUCCAAAGCUUUUUGGGGGAGACAAACCACAGACUAUUUCACAGCGCCUGGAAAACUCUCUUUCCCCAGCCCCAAAGUCCUGGUGCUGCUUGAGAGACAAGACGAAAGUCAGGCUGACUUCCUUGUGCUGAAGGAUGGGGAAGAAAAAGCAGAAACUUUCCAAAAAGCACUUACAACUUGGGAGGAAAUCCCAGAGUCCGCUACUGAGUUGCAGAACUCAGGAGGCUCCCUUCCUCUGGGUGGCAGCAGAAGCAUGCUCAGUGAGCUGAUCACGCACCAGGGGCUCGCUCAGGCUCAAACCACUGAAGACCAGUCAGAACCCAAGUUUACACAGCACUUUUGGGGUCUCCCAUAUCUCCACAGCGAGUCCAUGAACGCUAUCAGUACACUGUCGACUCACUGUUCCUCAACCUACAUCUGGUUCAAUGGAACCCCAGACUCCUCGGUCCUGAAUCUUUCCACACCUCUGUCUUUGCCUGAGAACCCAUCACAGAUGUUGGCCCAAUCUCAGUCCCAAGGUGUCCUGCUUGCCAUGUCCCAGAACCAGUUUCAACCUCCAAUCCCAGAGACAUCAUCUUCCUCUCAGUCUCAGCUUAGGAUCUGUGGGGUGUAUUUUCAUAGGUCCCAAGACAAGACAAAAACUCUGCUGCAAGCCCAAAUCCACCACCUAGAAUGCAGCAUCAUGACAAAGGUACAGGAGAGGGUGUGGGGUUUGCCCUCAGUGGUCCAAAAAUCUCAGGAAGACUCUUGUCUCCUACCUGCCAAGCCCUCAUUGGUCAGGCAGUCCUCCGAGACCCAUGCUCCCAGGUCCAUUCCUCCUGGAGACUUCCCCCUGACUGAUGCAUUCCGGAAGAAACUCGAGCGCCACCUUCAAAAGCGGUUCAUCCUACAGCGCUGGGGCCUGUCUCAGAGGAUCUUUAAGUCUCAGCCAUGGGUGAAUCCUGACCUUUCAGAGUCAUCUCAGUGCAGCUACGGGCUCUCAUGGGCCUCUUUCUUUCAGCACCAGGAGAGCAAAGACCCACACGACACUGUGUCAAACCAACCUGGAAGCUCCCAAGAGAGGUACUCAGAGAGUCUCUCUCUAGAGGGAAAAAUGGUAAAGGCACAAGGACAGAGUCCAGAGAUUGCCCAAAGAUGUCUGUGGAGUAACUCUAGGGGCGCUCUAGGUAAUGGCCUGCAAUCUGACUGUAAGACAAACCUACGAAGCCACCCAGGCAGUCUGUCAGGGAUCUCACAGGUGAGACAAUGUCAGAAAAAACUUGAAACUGCCCUGCAUCUCAAGGAUGGACAUGUCAAAAGCACAUAUACAAUGACAAAGUCUGUUCUGCAUCAGGCAUCUAUUGGCUUAGACAACAUCAGACUGAAAGAGUCAGAGGGCAAUAGACAUAGCCCAGAUGUGCCCAGAAUAUCCACUGAGGCUGGCCCUGUGCCAGUGGGUAAGCAACUGGAUUUCAGCAAAACAGUCCAGGAGCCUCAAGGAACACAGAUGAAUGACGAAAACAUAUUUGUAUCCAACAAGGUCAGUAACAUAGUCAAGAGAGGGCAGCUCAGUGGUCUUCAACCACAACCUACCAAGAUCUUGAACACCAGCCAGUGCAAGAGUGCCCAAGGGGCAGAUGGGAAUACAACAAAAGUACAAAGUACUCUGGUAGCUGGAAGGGCCCAGAAGGAAAUAUCAGGUUUCCAGGAAAGUCAGACAUCUGACUGCAAUAGUCAGGUAUCUAGGGAGGAGAAAUUUAAAGCAGAAAGCAGACUGCCCAUCCAAGCUCUAGGGCCCCCAAAUGACAUGCUCCCUGCCUCAGAGAAAUUCACUUACAAACCUUUACUCAUGCAUGACCAAAGCCUAUCCAGUGGACCCAUGAAUGCUCCUCAGGUGCAGCAACAGGAGCCCUGGAUGCCUCCUCACACCUUAGGCAAGGGCCAGGACAAGGACAUCCCUCUGUCUGCCAAGAAAGUAUGGCCUGCUACGUGGAAAACGAAAGAGCUCGGAGAAGGGAUUACAAGGCCUGGGACAUUACAGGCCAGUGGGAAGAGCUGCCAUGCACAGGCCAGCCCAGGCCAGGGGAAUUACAGGGAAAAGCCCAGCCACCCCCUGCCAGUGAAGGCCCUGACUCCUCCUGAACACCAGUUCAGGAAGCACAUCAAACACUUUCUGCAGUGGCUUUCUCCUGACAGAAAGUGCAAAGGGCAGGAGACAUUGUUCCUGAGAAGAGGUCCUUCCCCAUCGUCACCAGCGCAGGACCCAGAGCUGUGGAAGGCGAGAGCUACCUUUCCAGGGAACACUGUAGCUCAGAAAGCCAUGAGAGACCCUGGGAGAGUCCCCAAGGAGCAACUGGGACAUAGGCAUAUUGCAAUAGACACCAUGCGCCCCCAUGUGCCCUUAUCUCCUCCUAUCAAGCCUGUGAAAACUCAUCCAAAGAAAGCAUCUUGGGUCCCAGCCGAGCCAGUGCAGGGCUAUCCAUUCCACCACCAAGCUACCUGCCCGAAGGCGCCAAGUCCCAGGUCCUACAACCAGGCCACUGCUUUUGUCGGUCAAAAGAGAUGGGUAGAAGACAGGGGCAGGCUGUCCCAGAAAGGUGUGGUUUUGCAGCCACGUCCACCUGCACCCUACAGGUAGCCAGGGCCUCAACGAAACCUCCCCUCCUUGGGCAGCACUGCCCUUUACUGUAGGGACCCCUUUCCUCCCCAGAAAUAAUCUCUCUCAUUAAUGGUACUGAUUGCCCCCAAUAAAUGUUCUGAUGAA